UCAUCAGCGGAUGCUGAAAUAUUUCAAUCAAUAACAAGUGCUUUGACACAUGUAUAUGAUAAUGAUGGUCAUGGUGAAUUGUCAAUAGAACCAAGACAAGAAUUGUUCCCUGCAUGUACUUUUUCAGUUGAUCAAAUAUCAAAUGAUAAUAACAACCAAUAUAUUACUACAGAACAAAAUGAUCUGAAUAAAUUAAUGUUGGAAAAAAUUACAACUAUACUAGCAUAUGUCAAGAGAAUUGAUGGGAAACUUGAUGCAAUGGGAUGCAACUUAAAUACAAGUUAUUCAAGAACGAGUGUGGAAAAUAAUUUUUUAAGUCUUUUUCCUAUGAAAACAGUUGAAUCCCUAGAAGAAAUUGAAAGUAAACUUAUAUUGGACUCUGUAUUUGAAGAAAAAUUGAUCGAUUGUGUUACCCAAAUUGGCGGAACAAACAUUCAUAAUUUCACUAAAAGAGUCUAUAGUAGACUUUUUACAAACCAAUUGGCAACUUCAUACUCGUGGACUGGGUUCAGAAAUAACAAUCAACUGCAACAUCUAAGAAUUACUAAAAUCAUAAAAGAUGUAUGUAUGAAGAACUUCAAAGGAACUGAAGUAGAAUUUGAAGCAAAUGUUAAAAAUUGGUUUAAAAACGGAAGUCAACGUCAAUCACGGGAAAAGCAAUAACAAUUUAAUUUGUUUAAAUUUUUAGUUACUU